UGAAAAACUGAGCCCAUGCUCUCCGUUUCUCCAGUCUGUUCCAGCAGAAGACUGUAAGCUCUGAGUAGCGGCUUAAUUGCUUUCUGCUUCAUUCUUCCAAGAACAAUACGAUCCAUUCCAGCCCAGCUUGCUGCCCCUUUGAUGUUUGUUCAGGUAUCCCUCCUGCCCUGCUAUAGAUGUGUGGAAGAAAGCAAGAGGGAGUGAACAGCCGAGCUUCAUCCAGCACAGCAGCCGGAGGCGCGGAGGCAGCUCUACACCAUCCAUAGUCUCCCCUCUUCUCCUGUUUCCUUCUCGCCUUCCUUUCCAUCAGCUACAUUCAGACAGCAAGAAAACAUGUAGAGGCUGACCGGAUUCUCCAACUCAAAAGGACCCUUACGGCAGGAGAAUUAGAGAUCACCACUGGAACUACCAAGUGCCAUCGGAGAUGGAAGGGGGUGUGAGCAGAACCUCUGUCUGAUGACCAGUCACCCAGGCAACUAAUGAUUAUCUGAGAUGUCUUCCUAUUGGAAAAAAUCAAACGUAAUUGCUGGUGUUUCUGUUGUCUUCUUAAUGUCAAUAAUGAGUUUUUCCUACAUCCAGAAAAGAAUUUUUUUUUCCAUGUUGGAGUACAAAAUGAAGAUAUCUUCCACGCCGACACCGACACCAAAUACUAACCUCUGCCGAGGGAUUCCAGCCCGUAACACCAUCACACCCUUAAAAGAUAAACGAACCUUCAUCAUUGCUCCAUACUUUGACAACAGAAAGAACAACAUGACACGAGUGAUUGCAAUAGUCCACCACACAGAAGUCAAGGAGCUUUACUGCUGGUUCUGCCACCCAUCUAGUGGUGAAAUAUACAUCUCCAAGGCUGAAAUAAAUAUCCAUUCUGACAGAUUUGACUUCCCUUAUGGUGCCACGGACUUGGAAUGCCUAGAACCAGAAGACUGGGAACCACGCUAUGUGUCAAUACACUGGUCUCCCAAAGGAGAUAUUGACCAGCUGCCAUUAUUUGAAAUAAGAAACCGUGAUCCUGAAAGUUCCCUUGUGGAUUUCACGGUUUGCAUCUCCACAAUGUUUGGAGAAUACAAUAAUGUCCUGCAGUUUGUGCAGAGCAUGGAGAUGUAUAAGAUCCUUGGAGUGAACAGAAUGGUGAUCUACAAGAACAGCUGUAGUCCACUGAUGGAAAAAGUGCUGGACUUUUACAUUGCAGAAGGGAUUGUUGAGAUAAUCCCCUGGCCCAUUGAUUCCUACCUCAGUGUUUCUUCUCAGUGGCAUCACUCCAUGGAUCCCAAGGACAUUGGCUACUAUGGGCAAAUCACAGCCUUAAAUGACUGCAUCUACCGCAACAUGUACAGGAGCAAAUAUCUGCUGUUGAACGACGUGGAUGAAAUUAUUCUACCAGGGAAACGUGUAGACUGGAAAACCAUGAUGCAGAAACUUCAACGACAAUAUCCUGGGACUGGUGUUUUCCUCUUUGAAAAUCACAUCUUCCCUAAAACUGUAUUUACACCCACUGAUAGGGUCAACAUCUCCACUUGGAGUGCAGUGCCUGGAGUUAAUAUACUGAAUCACGUCGUUCGCGAACCUGACAGGAAAGACGUCUUCAACCCUCGGAAAAUGAUCAUUGACCCAAGAAGAGUGGUUCAGACAUCUGUCCACUCUGCUCUCAAUACAUAUGGGAAUAGCACUAAAGUCCCGAUGGAUGUUGCUCUUGUCUAUCAUUGCAGAGAUCCCUUACAAGCAAACCUUCCUAGAGAAUCACUCAUUAAGGACACAACGCUCUGGAGAUACAAUGUUUCACUGAUUGGGAAGGUCAACAAAGUUCUCCAGCAAAUAGCUUUGUAAAGAAGGGUGGUAAUUUGGAAGAGACUCAAAUACUACAGAAGGAUGAUCAGGGCUGAAUGGCCUUGUUCAAACAAUCCAUAAGUUUAAAAAAAAGUUAAGAUGCUCAAUGAUAACAUGCACGAGAGUUUGCCAUGAGAUGGUCGUGUUUGGGGGGGGUCAGAAGUUAAAAAGAGGUCAAAUCAAUCAGGUCAGUUUGGGCUUGUUGAAGUCACUAUUGUAUAGGGAACGAGCAAAGGAAUUUAUUCUUCAUCUUAACUGUCUGAUUUCUUGCUUAAUGCUUUCACAUAGGGACUCGGGAGUUAACUGAUUCAACUGGGGACCAACAAGAUCUGUGUGUUUCCAUGACAAUGGCUUUGACCUCCAGCUUCCCAGCUGGGGCUAGAGAUGACCAGCACGACUUCGCAAAAAUGAAAGCAGCUUUGGGAGACAGAAGUGUAGGGCUGGCAGGCAGGAGAACUGUCCCUAGGAGCUAAAAUGACUAAACUGAGGCUGUUGGUCACAUAAUGAGAAGACAAGAGACAAGAAUGCUAGCAAAGAGGAAAAGAGAAAGACCAAGCAUGAAAUGGAUUAGCUCUACAAAGGAAGCCCCAGCGCUCAGUUUGCAAGACCUGCGCAAGGGUGUUGAUGAUAGGAUGUUUUGGAGGACGUUGAUUCAUAGGGUUGCUUUGAAUCAGAAGCAACUUGAUGACACUUAGCAAACAUGCAAAUGCAAUAUAUGUGUCGGAAAUCCCUUCUUUAGGGGGGAGGAAGACAUUCCAGCAAGUUUAGAUUGGGGAAAUGGCUGAACUUGAACUGAACACUUUUAAGUAGCAAACAAGUGUUAAUUUUAUUUUCACCAAAGAACUUGAAUUAAACCAGAAUGAAACUAUUUCACUGCUUGGAAGAGAGUAGGAAAACAAAAUAAAAUUGCACAAAUAUUG